GAGGAAGAAAACGCAGACGUCACAUGGAGAGAUGCACCCAGCAGCAGCUGCCUUACUACUAAUCACACAUUAACAUAAACCAGCCACCACAAGCUAACCAGGACAUCUAUUUGCGUUAGAUUUUCCACACGUUCCCAAGUGCGAGUCUGAAAGGAGGACACGUGAAAUCCCCACGCGGUGCAAAACUGAAAACAUCAGCUACCUUUGCCUCUCCUCGCUCCCAGCUGACCGCGGAAUUCGUGUUGGAAGCGAAACCAGCGACAAAACUCUGCUAGCGCCAGGCUAGCUAGCCAGCCAGCUAGCUAGCUCCCAUCGCUAACUGGAGUUAGCUAGCUAGCGAGCUGUGGUAACUUGCGUCAUGGAGGAGCUGGUCGUGGAAGUCAGAGGGACGAGCGGGGCCUUUUACAAGGCCUUUGUGAAGGAUGUUAACGAGGGAUCAGUCACUGUGGCGUUUGAAAACAAUUGGCAGCCGGAACGUCAGAUCCCCUUCCAGGACGUUCGUUUUCCUCCUCCUACAGGUUCUGCAAAGGAGAUCAAUGAAAGCGAUGAGGUUGAGGUUUACUCUCGAGCAAACGACAAAGAGCCGUGCGGAUGGUGGCUGGCGAAGGUUCGCAUGGUGAAGGGAGAGUUCUACGUGAUCGAGUAUGCCGCCUGUGACGCCACCUUAAACGAGAUCGUAACGCUGGAGCGGUUACGGCCGGUCAACCCCAACAAACCUGCCACCAAAAACACCUUCUUUAAGAUCAGGCUGGACGUUCCUGAAGAUCUACGGCAGAUGUGCUCUAAGGAGUCGGCGCACAAAGACUUCAAGAAGGCUGUUGGAGCAUUCAACGUCACAUAUGACUCGGAGAAAAAGCAGCUGGUCAUUUUGUCGGUGAACGAGGUCACACUGAAGCGGGCCAACAUGAUGAGCGACAUGCACUUCAGGAGCCUCCGCACCAAACUGACGCUCAUGCUGCGGAACGAGGAGGCCAACAGGCAGUUAGAGAGUUCCAGGCAGCUGGCGUCGCGCUUUCACGAGCAGUUCACGGUUCGGGAAGAUCUGAUGGGUCUGGCCAUCGGGACUCACGGCGCCAACAUCCAGCAAGCCCGCAAAGUCCCUGGAGUCACCAACAUCGACCUGGACGAGGAGACCUGCACGUUCCACAUUUACGGAGAGGACCAGGAUGCUGUGAGAAUAGCCAGGAGUUUCUUGGAGUUUUCUGAAGAUGUCAUCAAAGUUCCUCGGAACUUAGUAGGGAAGGUGAUUGGUAAGAGCGGUAAGCUGAUCCAGGAAGUGGUGGAUAAAUCUGGCGUGGUGCGAGUUCGCAUCGAGCCCGAGAACGACAAGAAGCCGUUAGCAGCGGCUGCAUCAGCAGAUGAGGGGAUGGUGCCGUUCGUUUUUGUGGGGACCAAGGAAAGCAUCUCGAAUGCAACCGUUCUGCUGGACUAUCACCUCAACUACCUGAAGGAGGUGGACCAGCUGCGCAUGGAGCGCCUCCAGAUCGACGAACAGCUCAGACAGAUCGGGGGCGGUGGAGGAGGGGCGGGCCCCCGAAACCCCAAAGACAAAGCCUACGUGUUCGAUAACGGCAUGGGUCUGGGGAUGGGCCGGGGCGGAGGGAAGCCCUACACGGGCGGAGGAGGAAGAGGCGGACGAGGCGGGCGGCGAGGGGCGGGGGCUUCUUUCACGUCAGGCACGAACUCGGAGGCUUCCAACGCUUCAGAGACUGAGUCGGACCACAGAGACGAGCUCAGCGAUUGGUCACUGGCCCCCACCGAGGAGCUGAUGACAGGAGGCGGGACUUUACCCAGACGGACAGAUGGGAGGAAGAGGGGUGGAGGCGGAGGCCCAAGAGGAAGAGGAGGGAGAGGAAGAGGAGGGUACAAAGGUGACGACAUGCAGUGGAGCGACUCGAGACCUCGUCACAUCAGAGACCCCAAGACCAGAGUCCAGGAAGACAGUCUGCAGAUCUGUGUGGACGGAAACAACGAGCGCAGCGUGCAGCAUUCAUCGGGCGGAAGAGGAGGAGGCGGCAUCGGCGGCGGGCCGUCCUCAUCCCAGAGCGGCGGCGUCGGUGGUGAGGCCCAGUCUCGGCAUUACAAUCAGAGACCCAUGAGAGACCGAGGGAUGAAGAAGGACAAACAGGACGCUCCGGCGCUGGUGAACGGAGUGUCGUAGAUGCACCACUGGAGGACCUUCUCACAUUCAGAAACACACACAGGCGACUUUCCAUUCCAUACACCAUCGUAGAGUCUCAGUCAGUUCUUUUUUUUUUUUUUUUUUUUUUUACUAUUACAAAAACACACAGGUUCUCAAUGAACGAGCUGAUGGUGGUACAGUCUGUGACCAGAGAUGACCAGGUUUGUUCCUGAUGUUUGGUUUUCCCAUUCUUCUCAGAAGGAAAAGAAGAGAGGGAUUUGGUAAAAGCCAGAAGCUUUAAACAUCCUAAAAUACAACAAACCCUUUUUUUCACUUUUCUGCUGCCCCCGGUUAGAUUUUUCCAUCCAAGAAAUCCUUAAUAAAUUAAACAAACCAAGGAAAUCAAUGGUCAGAAUGCAGGAGUUUCUCGUUUUAUCCACUCCAGGAAUCACAUUUUUUACCAAUAAGGAACUGUGAAAGCCUUGUUAAAGAACUUAAAUGUUUUGGUGGUUUGAAACAAAAAUCCAACUGUCUGAGAAGUUUCUUCAUCGUAAAACGUCUAAACCUAAAAAAAUAAAAUAAAAAAAGAAAUCCUGAACUGAAAACCACAAGGAGACUGAAAUAUUUUUGCCUCAUCCUGGAGAAAAAAAACUACAUUUUGGGAAUUGUGUGAGAAAAUGUUUGCAGAGGGCACUUUAUGAUUUCUGUAGUUUUUUUUACGUUUUAGGCGUCCUUCGUACUGAGUUUAACGGAUAUGCACAAGCUCCUAUAGACAACAAGGUAUAAGCUCAAUACUGACGUCACCUGGAUCAUGAUUUUAAUGUUGAUCAAAUAUUGUGAAUCUGCAGGAUGUUUAAAUACAAGCUAAUUCAAUUUAAAAGUGCAAAAUGUUGUUUCGCUGAUACAAAAAGAAAAACACAUAAAAUCCGUUUAUUCGUGAGUUAAAUUUCCUGAAUUACAGCUGUGUUUACCUUCACAGACUGCAGCAUGGCUGCAGGGAGUUUUAAUCGCACUGGACUCUCCACAGGGAUCCAAUAGAUCCUUAAAAAUCCCAUUUUUACUUUUAACAGUUAAUUGAAACAAAUCCCUAAAGGAUUCUUUUCUUAAGUUAUGAAAAUCUGUUAUGGAAAAUUUCUGUACUUUUUUAAAGUCACCAUUUUUUUGUCCCUCUUUAAUGAUUUGUAUGUUUUUCUUUUCAUUUGCCGUCUUUUGGUUGCAUGUUGUGAGUAUACAAGCAUAAGGAGAAUCUUUUUCCGGCAGUCUCUGUGAUUACAGAAUGUGCCUGUAAUUUCAUGAAGCUGCUGAGCUGCUUGUUCUGUUUGUGAUCCUUCUUUUUUUGGUUUGUGCCUUCUCUGGGUUUUUUUUUCUCCUUCAUGUCUAUGAAUCCAAUCUGUUGUAAAAAAGCAAAAAUACCAUUAAGCUCCUGAUUUUCUGUAAGCAAACUCGGAGUCAAGGUUUCUUAAAAUUCAACGUUUAUCAAAAGAGUCCUUUUUGUCUUUUAAAUUGAAGCGGUUCAAGAAGCAAGACGAAUUAGCGUAGGAGGUGUUUGUGGAGCUUAGACUGUUUCGGGAUUUGUUGAAAUAAAAUCCAAUGUAAAGUUUAACAAACAAAUGAGAAUCUUAAGACUUUCCUGUACAUUCUUGAGUGUUUUAUUUUGAAAAAUUGUGAGGGAUUUAAAGCUAGUUAGCGGCUAACUUCAAUUAAAAAAAAUCCAAAUUUGUUUAUAUAUAUUUUACUGUUUUAAAAGUAAUAAAAUUAGGGAAAAAUAGCUUUUUGUCAUCUAUGUUGCUUUAACUUGGCUAGAAUUAGCUAUGCUAGCUAAAACUAUAAAAAUUAACAAUUUUCUAAACAUUUUUAUUAGUUUCCCUGGGGUAAAGUUAAACCAAAUGUCGACUUUUGACUCAGAUUAAUGUUUAAAUACCAACACAUUUAUGUUGUUGCAUUUAAAUCAUAUUUUGAUUUAUUUACAGGUUAGUUGUGGACGUUUUCAUUGAUUUAUCUGCUAAACUUUAAAAAGAAAUGAUGCAGCAUUUAGCUAAAAAUGAAUUGUGCUCCAUCAGCAAAAUUAACUGCAUGGUUGGAUUGAUUAAAUCUAAAGUUAGGAUAUAAAUAUGAACUGUUUUGCUAUAUGACUGAAAUUAGAAUCAUAGAUUUUGUUUAUUUUUGAACACAUAGAAAAGCUGUGAAUGUUCAGGAAAACCUUAAGUCAUUUUUUGUGCCUUUAAAUGUGGUUAGCAUCGCGACCUAGAUGUGUAAAUCAGGGAUGAAGAGGUUUGGGUUCAGGCGUCUGAGUCACUGACAAAGCUGAGCAAAAAUGUACUUUUUUUAAAGCAGGUUUACAAGUGGAGUGACUGAAUAUAUCCAGAGAAUUGACUUUUUGAAACACCUGAUUCUCUGCAAGUGCGUUGAGUUGUUGUACAGAUGUAAGCCUGUAGCUCAUGGCCCGGUUCUGCCGAAGUUGGCUAUUUUAGUGUCAUGUUUACACCUCCCCUUUUAUAGUCUGAGGAAACAAAGUCAUGUGCAACCUUACCCGUGAAUAAUCACGGUCUUUUAGUGUGAUAUCUAGUCUUAAGCUUAAUUUAAAUUUUUUAAAUUUGCAGCAUUUUAUGUCACUCUUCUGUGACAGGAAUUUGGCAAAAAGGGGAAACUUUUGGUAUCAUGUUGGAUAAGAAUGUGGUCGCCUCAGCAUCAAGAGAACUUUAAAAAUGUAGACAGAAAACCAAUAUAUAACCUGAGUAAUAAUCAUGAAACAUUUUUUUUUCUCCGUUCAGUUUCACUAACACGGUUUCUUCUUUUUCGCUUUACAUCGAUUUAUUUUCCUGUUUUAGCAUCAACAAGUGCAAAUAACCUCUGUGUUGUCAAUAGAACAUCUACAGUAUGGACUUGCUUUAUAUUGUUUGGGGUAAAAAAACAAAAAAAAAAGUGGAGGAGGAGGGUAUAAUGUGUAUAUAAUGAUGUCAUUAUUUGUCUGAGAAAAGAUUUGUAACGUUUCAAAUGUGCACUUAUCCUGAUAUUUUCUUUUUUUGCUGUUUAAUAUCAAGUUAAAUGCUAGAGCUCUUGAUAAAUAAACUUAAUGAUGUGCAGAAACGUAGUACACUCCAUAGCAAGGUCGAGUCGCAUACAUUUUUCCUUAACUUUAGGAUGUCCGUUGGGUGAAAAAACAGAAGAAAAUCUGCAAGUUUGUUGCUUUUAUCUUUGUUUUUGUACAAAUGCUUGAAAGGACACCAUCCAAAAAUCCCUAUUACUCAACCUUUUGAUAUAAAUGUUUUAAUCCAUAUUUGGGGAAUACAUUUUUAGCUGAAUUACUGUCUACAAUGCAGGUUUGGUAAUAUAAAUAAUUCUAGAUUCCCUAUAAACUCUGGGUAUGGAAUGCUACAAAAUCCACUUUUUAAGCCUUUUAAUUUGCAUGUUUACCUAAUAAUGUACAGGUACAUCACACUGGGUUGUUACAUUUGACAAAGUUACCAAAUACCCCCUAUUUUUAAAUUUUUUUUAUUUGAAUUUUCCUUGUAAUGUCUCAAAAAUGGUAAAUUACACUCUAAAAAUGUUCUCGUCAAAUCUCCUCUUCAAAUGAAACAACUUUAUGAGGCUUCUGGAUCUUACACUCACUAUAAACAAGUUUAAGAACGUAAAUCACAACCUGUACAUGCCUACACCCAAAACAAAUACUGGUUUCAGUUUGAUCUGGAGUUUAGAUGUAAUCCUAGUUCAGUGGGAUUAUCAAUAAUUCAAAUAUUUCCUACAAGUGUCUCCAACAAGUCACCUUUUAGAGAAGAGUGAUACGCUCAUUAUAAAUUGGUGUAUCUUUGCUAUUAUAGCUAAUUAUUUUGGUUAAUUUGGGGAUUGUUGGGAAAUUUCCCACUAAAAUGGAAUUGCAAAGUUUUAACAGAAUUUAGGAAAAAAUUGCAUAAAGUUUCUACACUUGUCACGAUAUCAUUAUAUCAGAUAUUCAUCUAAUCUGUAAGAAAUGAUUUUCCUAAAUGACAAAUUAUCAUUAUUACCUGCCAUUUUUUACUUAUUGAAUAUUGAAACAGAUACAUUUUCAAAGUAUUUUCAAAAUAAAAGCUCUCAGCUGUAAGUCAUCAAAAAAUGUAAAAAUGUGUAGAAUUCAAAUUUAGGACGACUAUUUAUUUAAUCCUUGAGAACCCAAUCAUUUUUUUUCUGGACUUUUAGCCUUAAUUUGACAAUAUUAAUAAUUUUGUUUGUUCAUUGUGGGUUGUAGCAAUUAACAGGAGACACAACUCUAAAUGAAGAAAUAUCAAAAAAACAUCUUAAUUUAACUCUGUGGGUUUUUGGGGGUUAAAAGUUGAAUCCACCAGCUAAAACCGUGUACUGUUCAAAUCCUGUUGACCUCCCAAAAAAAAGAGUAAAUCUAGCUCUGAAACAGGCUAGCUCACAGACUCUUAAAUCGACACUUUUCUGUUGAGUUUUGGUGGAAACAUUUAAUUUAAUUCUUCCAUAUUCUGGAAACCAAUCUGAGCUCAAAUCUACACAAUCGCUGCAAAAUGUUAAAAAUGAUUUGCUUAAAACAACAAAAGUAAAUAAAACUGAUUUGAUUCAUUCAACAACAUCAACACAUUUAGGUUCAAUUUAAAAGCUUUCUGUCAUUAUUUCCUAUCGAACUGCUUCACAUCAAACUUCUUUAAAGCAGAACUUCUUUUUUUGAAGUGAAUUUCCACUUUGUGGUUUUCUUUGUUUUGCAGAAUGUAUCAAUAAAAUCAGCAGAAACUCAGUUUUAAAAAGGAAAGUCGUCUGUAGAUUCAUGAAUCAGGGUCAAGAGAAGCUGUAAAAUCUUGUUUGCACUUGUUUCUUUUUGUUAGAUUCUACAAGUAAACAAAUGUUUUGGUUGAGUCUUGUUACGAUGCAAAAUAUUUUGUAUGCAAGCAGUUUACAUAAAUAAAGGUUGAUCUUCCGCGUGUA